UCGGACCUCCGAAAGUAAACUGGUGACAAUGCGGCUUUAAUUGACAAUGAUUCCAAGCAGGUGCGGUUCGAUCCUGGUGGAACUUGACACUUCGAAGCCCUCAGUCUAUAACUUAUGUAUAUGUACAAAAUGUACCAAGAAGUACAAAAUUUCUAUGAUAUGCUAGAUAAGCACAGUCUGAUUCACACUCCCCCUGCUUAAUAGCAUGCUAUUCAGGCGUUUUACCCGGUGUUUUAUAGCGAACAACCAGCCUCGUGCUCUGAAUCCAAGAUGGCGGCCACGAAUCGCUCGAGGCUGGUUGUUCGCUAUAAAACACCGGGUAAAACGCUGCAUUGCAGGCUACUUGCUUAAAUUAAAGGUCACAUGUGAAUACUAAUUUUUUUUAAUUCCUUAUGACUGAGAAGUCAAGUGUCAAAACCAAGCAAUUCACAUGCGAUUUUCUCCAUUCUUUGUAUUUUCUCCAGAAAGAAUAACGAAUAACGACACUUGAAAUGUAAAGCAUUCCGCCUAUUACUAAUGUAUUUGUUAGAUAUUUAAGCGAGAGAAGCAUUGGUCGUUUUUUAAAGGAGUGAACAAUUGCAAUUUUGGUGUUAUUUUUUUUUUCUUCAAAGAAUAAAGGCCAUUUUUUGUAACGAGCAAAGCCUACAGCCGAAAAAAAAAUUCCCUUCCCUUUCCUCGGACACCUAAAUUGUCUGUCCCUUUGCCGUUUAAAAAUGUCGGCCGUCCACCUGUAUAUUAUUAACAAAAAUUGUUUACUUGAUUGAAGUGCGAUACAAGAUUAAAACUUGAGUGUAUCUUAUUUUCUCGCUUGUAUUAACCGAUGGAAAUGAAUGCUUUGUGAGGCUCGACACUCGGCGGGAGUAUAAAAUGGGGGAGUGAUUGGCCUAGAAAACAUUCAAUUAAAAUUUUAUCAAACCAAAAGUUACUCAAACUUUAUGGACAGAGAUGUAAACAGAAUACGUAGGGAACACCUGUGUCUAGCUGGCCAAUCAGUCUUCCCAUAUUUAUUCCAUUUAAUCUGAUUAAAAGUUUAGUUAUUUAUUAGAGGAUUUAUGGCAGUGGCCCAGCCAUCUUUUAAAUGUCGCAAGACUAAAGCCCAGAGAAGAUGCCUAAAAUCUUCCAUUAGAAUGUCCGUGCCAUUCAGAAUCUGUUUGCUUUUUACGUUCAUCCUUGGAAAUCUCCUCAAGGCGACUAGCCUAGAGUGCCCCGCACAACAAGAGAUCUCUGAAACACUCGGAUGUGCCAAUACGGAUGUUGCUGCCUCGAACAAUGGUGCCCAGUGCACCGCCACCGACUCCGCCGCAGGGAACCCAUGUGUUGAUGCACUCGCCACCGGUGCUGCAGAAUAUAAGACCGGUACAGCCACGAUAGGCUCGGUAUUCACACUGACCCUGAAGCGGCGAUAUUUCAUCAAUUCUAUUCAGAUCCGACAGGCGUCAGACCUGUCUGCGCAGAUUCAGGAAAUAGAAAUAAUCUUCAACGGCGUCGGGGGAGUUCCGGGCAGAAAUGAAUACAUAAACCUGACAAAAAAUACAGCAACUCCAACAUUAACCGAGAAGUUCACGUUCGCGCCCCGUGACGUCAUCAGCGUAACACUUAAGCCCCUCUCCAUCUACGAUGCUUCUCCCAUAUUUGGGCAUGGCUACGCCCACAUAUCGCUCUUUCACGACAAUUGCCAAUCAGGAGGACUUUGCGGCCAAGUAAACACUCGCGCCAAUAACAUAUCAGCCUUCUUUGGCACCUAUAGUGACAGAGGCGUGUCAGUCAAGAUGACGACAGUCAGUGAGAUGCAGUUGGUCUUGUCAAGCGGCCCUUCCUUGGCUCACAGCCACUACCGUCUCACGCUUGGAGCAAACACGAACACGAAGAUCACGCUGGAUCGUGUGGACGCCGCGGGAACCGUUACAUCACUUGCGACCAACGACACGCAGUUUCUUGAAACAGGGCAGACAAACUUUUGGCUUGAGUUUCAAGGCACUGCUGUUGUGUUAGGUAAAGGCACCAAUACACUUUUCCGUCACGACGAUGCGGCUCAAGCAGUUGAAGUGCUCUACGUAGCGUUUUAUAACAAUGCUUCUUCAGCUGUGAGCUUGGUCUUGUGUUAUGCUGCGGCCAAAUGCUUCGAAGACGCCUCUCACUUCUGGCCCCUGGACAAGCUGGUAACAACAGACCACGUGACGCAGACGGCCUAUAGACUUGCUGACGGAAUGGAGCUGAAGGAGGGACCUGUAAUGGGUGGUGCUUCGCGAGCCAUGGCACUAGAUCUGACCAAUGGUGCGGUAGUACUUGGUGACUUCCAGUCGAGCUGCGUUACUGAUGUCGAGCUCUGCACGAACGGCAUCACGGUAUCCCUGUGGUACAACAUUCCCGAUCCAUUUGCAUCCGGCGCUUACAUCAUACUGUCCACGCUCAUGCAGUACUCAAGUACGAUUGCACCAGGGUAUCGUAUCACCGUGUUAUCCACCAACCAACUCCAAGCCAAGAUCUUCGACGGCAAUACUGUGUGGUCAGCGUCUGCAUCCGUCUCCAUAGCAACCUGGCAUCACGUUGCCAUCGUGUUGCACCCGCUGGAUGGCAUGACGCUGAUGAUUGACAUGUUCAGACAGUACAUUGGUACUGCAUCCGCAGGAGUGCGUGACGCUAAGACAAUAACAAACGUUGUCAUGGGAACUGACAAUAGUUUGACAGGGACCCCUGCCAAGGCAAUCGUGAGCAGUGUUGUUAUCUGGGAGAGAGGUCUUUCUGUCGAUGAAAUUCAACAAAGAGUUAUUUGCUCAACAUUUACCGAUUCCCCCAUGAAUUUCGAUGUUGGACAGCUUUCCCUGCGCGAUUACUCAUUCACUGCGUCAUCAAGCUUCAAUGGUACCCCUCCCCACCACGCUAGACUCGGAGUUCAACAAACUGCGGACGACUCAGGUGCCUGGGGACCAGCUGAAGCCUUUGUGGGCCAGUACCUCCACCUUGACCUCAUGUCCGUCGUGUCAAUCUAUGGUCUAACAACCCAAGGGCGAGAAAGCACAGUUAAACCCCAAUGGGUGAAGACUUACCGGUUAUCGUACUCCACAGACCGCCAAACAUGGAAAGACCACACAGUCAACGGUUCUGUAACGAUUCAAGCGAACGUCGACACCUCAACUCUGGUGUCGAUUAUUCUUUGCGAAGUGGAGGCGCGGUUCCUGAGAAUAUAUCCCUUGACGUGGUCUGGCUGGCCUUCCAUGAGAGUCGCGGUUCUUGUUAAUAUCAGUGGAUCUAACGAGGGCGGGGCUAAGCAAGGCUGGGUUGAUGAAGUUAAGGUUCCGAGCUUUAUAGGCUGCAUGAAAGGCAUAACAGUGACCCCUGUCUAUGACGUAGAAACCUACAAAAUGACACCUACAAGCUGUCUUCGAUCGUGCUCAUUAACGAGCUCGACAUAUGCUGCAGUCAGUAGAGGUCAGCGGUGUUUCUGCGCAAUGGCGGUCACUUCGAUUGGGCCGAAAGAGCGCUGUCAUGAGCCUUGUACAGGAGAUCAAUCAUUAAAAUGCGGUGGAUUUGAUUACUACAGCGUCUAUGAGACGAAAGAGGCGCUGACUGAAGAGUUCACGGUCACCCUGCCUGCGUCUACAGUGGUCUUUGAGAAGUUUGAGUUGACCUCGAACCGAGUGCCAUUUCUUCUGGACUAUGGAGACGGAUCGCAGUACGCGCUCAACAAAUCCUCCGUUCAGUUUUUCUUCUCGUAUAUUGGUGAACAGUCGGUUUACCUCACAGCAUCGACUGGUACCUACAGCAUUGUCGAGCUUUACACUUUCAAGGAAUCAGUCGUCUCGGCCGAGGUCAGCGGACUGCAGCUUGAGUGUUCGACUGUCGAGGUCGCUCUAGAGCCGUUUACCUGCUUUAUCUCGGUUACCACGGGGUCAAAUAUCUCCCUGGAAACAUCCUUGAAUGACGAAGCACCGGUGAUCGAUGCAAUGGAUUCUCCACUGACGAUGGUAGCUGGCCCGUCCUCUGCACCCGAGUCUCGCUCCCCGUCUGACGGAGAUGUUGGCGCAAACAGGACCUUCCUCUUGCCCGGAUCCUACUUCAGCGAGUCUGGCUACCUUAAGACAUUUGCUGUGGACGGCUACAAGCCUGGGGUAGUCAAGUUUCAGAUCUUCCGUCCAAUCUGCAAAGCUGCCGACGAAGUGGAAUACUGCUACGUCGACGGUAAUUGCACAAAUUCGGUUCCAUCGUGCUCCCUCACUUCCGUCCCUCCUGCCGACUGCCCGAGUGCUACUACCAAGUUCAGCUUAUCCUCGUCCCAGUGCGUCGAGAACACCCUGGUCUGUCCUGCUGUAGAUGUACCCCCACCGACGGCAUCGCUUACGUCUUCUUAUGAAGUAGUGCACGAGCGAGUGGUGUCUGUCAAGGAAGGCUUGCAGGUCUUCCUGGCAAAGGAGAACACUGCGGAUCCAGAUUUUAUGGUCCGUGCUGGGGACCUGUUGGGACUGGGUUUACCUGCUAUUAUUGGUGCAGAGAUAUCGUCAUUCACCUCAAGCAUCGUAGCGAAACUCUGCCCGAACAAGACACUUGAAAAAGGAGAGAGGUUCGCGGUUGGCGCUGACUUCUUCACAGCGGCUCAGCUACCCCACGUGACUGCCACAUACGUCAUCCCAUCAAAGAUUAGCCUUGAUCUGAAUCUAACGUCAGGGGUGUAUCUGCUCAAAGCCAGGGUUUUUAAUGACGCGUCAUCUGUCCAGAACCAGACCUAUAUAACAGUGACAGAAAGAGUUCAAAAUGUGACCUGGGUUUACGAUCGCAUAGCUACGUUCAAUAAGACAAUCAACAUUACCGUGCUUUCACAUCCGGGAUAUAACGUAUCUCACGUUGCUUACAUCAACAAUGACUCAGCAGUGACGCUCUUCCAGGAACGAGUCUUGGAAAAUUUUACGUUCCCAGUGACAUAUACAUCAUUGGGAAACACCAGCGUGCUAUUGAUUGCUGGGAAUAUUCUUGGAUAUGUAUCGGAGCUGUGUUUUAUUCGGGUUUUUCUGCCUGUUGAACUAGUUCGGUUCGUCGACGUUUCACCCACCAAACUCGGUGACACAACCAAUAUCACUUUUUUUGUUAGUAAUGGUAUGGAUGUGGUCUGUAAUAUAUCUAUAACUGAUGGAUUCUUUGGACAGCUUACGAAAGACUUUGUAAAUGGAACCGAGCUGCUCCAUACUCCCAGGACAUUUCCAGCAAUAGGCGAACAUUGGACAAAUAUAACCUGCUACAACCCAGUCAGCUCAGCAUUCAGUUCCACUUUGCUCAUUGUUGAGAAGGUUAUCCUAGGGUUAGUGUGUGGUGUCGUCCACCCGAAUCGAGACAUCGAAGUGAACGAGACAAUAACAUUCACGAUAACCAUCUCACAAGGCACAAACACAAGAACAAACUACAGCCUAGGAUACGACGUCAUAUCGACCAGGAACUUCAGCGCACAGGCUUCGUAUGAAAUAUGGGCAUGGUACACGGCAAAUAUUACUGUGUACAAUAACGUAAGUGUCGAUAAUUGUUCCGUACCUUUUCAAGUGCACAAGCCAGUAUUCCCAAUCAAUAUAACGUCGUUGGAUUGCAUCAAUGCAAACUUCUCUACGCCAAGCAAUGUCAUGAUGAACAUCUCGUCUGGGAAUGACUACCUUUGUGAUUACAAUUGGGGAGAUGGCCAAGUUGAAGCAAAUGCCAGCACGUUUUGGACUCUUGGUCAAUACGUAUCUCAUAACUACACAAGUACAGGGUUUUACACACUGAGCGUAGAGUGUGUCAACAGGCUCUAUACAGGGACGAGAAGCUCCAUAUGUCAUGUUUUUCACCCUAUUACUGAUCUUCAGUUUAUUGUCCCAUCUGGACACGAAGUGGGGACACAGCUUCAAGGGACAUUCAACAUUGUUCGAGGUACAAACGUAACGUACAACGUCUCAUUUGGGAAUCUUGUCAAUGGAGCCCUGGGUGACGUUGUAUACCCCACGUUGACUUUCACACCGGGCGGUCUGGGUGGUAACUUUGUAAUUGAUGCAGCAUAUUUUCCUGACAUUGGAGUCGCUCAGGCAACGAUGUUUGCUAUCAACGAAAUCUCGGAGGACAGAAUUCAAUCAUUGGUGUAUAUCGAGAGACCAAUCACUAAUUACUGCCUAACCUGUCCUAAGCCUUAUGUGGAAACACACUCUGAAGUCGAGAUGUUCGCUUCCGCUGAUACGGGAUCUAGAGUAACGAUGUUCUGGGAUUUCUUGGAUGGGAAUAAUCUAACACAAGAACUAAGCAGAGACUCGUUCGCUUUAAACGGUCACAAUGUUACAUACAUCUACCGUAGUAAUGGAACCUUUCUUGUUGAAGCAAUGGCGUCGAAUCCUUUGGGGAGUUUCUUGGGCAAAUGCUAUAUGUUUGUGCAAAACCCUGUCCAGGGUGUAACAUUAACCACCAACUCUCCUCAAAUAAUACCAACAGGAACAAUCGACUAUUUAUUCAAUGUCUCGGUUGGUACGGCUUGCCCAACCAAUGCGACCAUCGCUAUGGUGUACGGGCAAAUAGACUCUUUAGUCGCCAUCAACAUGUUUUCCACACUAUUGCAUUUCGGGGAUGGCUGCAAUCGCAUGGUCCAGCAUAGCAUCUCCAUUCCUGGGAUUUACUGGAUCCAAGUGAAUUUGUCCAACGCUGUGAGCUCAAUGGUCCUUAAUACCACUGUUGAGGUUCAGCGAUUGAUCAAAGGGCUCACCGCGACGGCCUACCACACGGCCGGUGACGUAGGAUUUGGGGCGAGGGGGCGUGGCCCUGCUUUGGACACAUUUCCCCUGGAGUACCCCAUCCUGAUUGGAACAUCCAUCACAGACGGCUCCUAUGUUACCUACAGUUUCUACUUUGGCGAUGGUACACAGAACGUUACCACAGAUACUUCGAUCAAGAAGAAGUUUUCAGAAAGAGGGACAUACUACAUUAAGGUUCGCGCGAAGAAUACUCUUAACGAAAUGUGGGUUAACUUUACUGUCACCGUCAUGGAAGUGAACAUUGGAGUUCAGCUGACAAAUGAUGGCCCGACCAAAUGGACAACCCAAACCAGGCUGGACGUCAGCUUGGUACAAAUCGGCUACAAUUCCUGCUGCCUCGUUGACAUUACAAAUAACACUUACUUCCUCUUCAAAGACUCUGUAGAAACAGCAUGUGACCCUGUAUGGACCAACUUGACAAGCGACGUCACAGUUUUCUCCCAAAGACGAGAUACCAAUUCGUCAUGGGAGUUUCAGUUCUGGCAAGUGCAUUAUUAUCUCAGCAAAGUGACUUGUAAGAAUACCGUAUCUGUCGUAAGGGACUGGAAAUACGUCAUCGUCCUAGCGCAUGCUUGUAAGUUUCCUAAACUCAGCAUUCCCGCAAUCAGCGCCAGCUGCAAAGUCGCUCGUGUAUUUCCUAAAUCCUACAAAAUAAACAUUGCGAGUAAAAACAGCAUCGAUUGUCUCGAUUCGCGAACAACGACAUUCGCUUGGACAUUAAUGACAUCAGAAACCCCAGAUAAUAUCUCGAGCUUUCGGUAUUACGCACUUCCUGAUGGCACAGUUUCUGAUCGCGCGACAAUGGAGAUCCCUGCAGGCGCCUUGAGUUACGGUUAUUACCACGCUUGUCUUAAUGUCUCCCUUAAUCUUUGGCUGGUGGACUCGGCUAUAUGUGCGUGUAUAAAAAUAGCUCCUUCCCCUCUGCAGUGCUUCGUUCUAGGGGGAAAUGGAUGGGAAUAUCCGGUCAACAAGAGCACGAUCUUAAACGGAGCUCUCUCUUACGACCCAGACGUCGACCCGUCUCUCUUCACGCAGAACUUUACGCUUCAAUUUUACUGUAAAACGGAAGCAGAGAAUUACACUUUCCCGGAUGAUGGUGACGACGAAGCUGUGGCUGCAGGAUCUAGUGGGGGCUGUUUUGGGAAGGGCCCAGGACGACUGCCCUCUAACACUACCCAAAUCACGAUCCCUCCUGGCACUCUGAAAACCAACACGACCUACGUGUUCAGAUACUACUGUGCAAAGGGUCAAAGCAGGGGACAUUUUGACGUUAGGCUGCAUGCUGUUGAGACAGAUCGUCCACACUGUGCUAUCAUACUGAUUCGUAAAACCCUUUUCCGGGCUGUACUCCGCUCCUCAAAAGUUGUGUUUGAGGCCAAGUGCCUACCACAUGACCCUACUGACCCAAACCUUAUCAUCAACUGGAGCCUGUACAAAAACGAGAAUGGCACCUGGCAAGAGUUAAACGAUCUUGCGUAUCGGGCCAUAUCACCGGUUAUCGGCCCCUUCUUGGUACUACCACCCGAAUAUCUGGAGGGUGGAAAGUUGUAUAGAGCCAAGACGAUAACCACCGCAUCCCGUGGCGCACCAGGAACGACAUAUUACGACUUCAGGGUGCAUUUGCCCCCACGGAACGGCACGUGUGGGACGGACACGCCCAUACAGCCCGCGAAUCAGGUGUUCAGCUUCUGUUCUGAAGGGUGGCUAGAUAUGGAUGACACUACAGAUGUUUCACAUUCAUACUACUACAAGCUCUCCCCAUCGAGCGUGCCAACACUGACGGUACUGGGUUCGCGAGACGAGUGUUCAGGGGGAGUACGCCUGCCCGUGGGAGAGGAGGCGCUUGACUAUAAUGUUGAGGUUAUAUGUGUUCUCACGGAUAAACUUGGUGGCCAGACACGCUCUUCGUUCUCUGUCAAGGUUCUUCCAGUACCAGGAUUCUCGAUUGAUGAAUUCUUGGACAAACUGGACAAUGAAACUCAAGUCAAUGGAAUGAUGGUGACCUUGCAGAUGGAGGACAGUUUUGAGAAACUCUUGGCGUUCAUCACGUGGAAUACCGAUAUUCUAAGAAAAAUAGCGAGAGAUUGUAGUGCAGAUUUGUCCAACUACACCUCGCUUCUUCGAGAUGUGGAGCUCGCUCUGUCCGCUAUGCCGACGCCCGUACCGGCAGAGGAGGCGGAUCCUUUCCUGGCACAAAUAGCAUUGUUGAGUCAGCUCAUUGCCAAGCAAAACGAACGAAAGAACAGGACUGCAAUUAUUCUGGACCGCAUGGCUGCAGUUUUACCGACAGUGCAAAUCUUCUCGGUGGAUGCCACAGAGACAGUGUCUGCGUGUGUAACCGCUAUGCUCAAGGAACAGGCCCCACUCAGCCUCAAAUCAAAGGCUCAACUUGCAGAAUCUAUGGACCAAGUGCUGUCUUAUCUAGCAAGACAGGUAUCGACCACAGACCCUGCAAGAGCAGCGGACGCUGCCAGAUCUACUGUCCAGGCAGUUGCAUAUUUGCUUCACGCCUUAGCAAUAUCAGUUGGGAAUAUUUAUUCGAGCAACGUCACUGCCCUGCAAAAUCAAACAGAAAAGGAGGAACAAAUAAUAGAUAGCAUCAUCUUCAAAUUCGAGCUUGCCAUAGACGCCUUCUUUGCUCUUAUCGUGCCAACCGAGUUCCCACUUCAAGUUAAUUGUCAGGUUGCAUCGUUCACUGUUAGCAAAGUGUUCGUCCAAGACCUGGGCGGAUUUGAGCUACCACUGUACAGUUGUGCGAGCUCUUUUCCUUCGAAUAUUCGGGACACCGUACUAAACGACACUGCAGACAACUCUGUGGUUUCAGUUAAGGGCAACGCUUUGGGAUUCAUUGCAUACAGUGGGACUGACAGCGCCUUAAACCUUCGCAGUUGGACGACCACUGUUGAAGUCAAAGGGAUUGAAAUCGCGAACCUCACCGAAGAGAUGGAGAUUUGGGUUCAAAAACUCGGCGCCAUAAACUGUACCUCCAACUCCUUAAGUCACGGGGUCAAACGGUACCACUUCUUUGAUAUAUCCGACAAUUACAGCACCAUUAACAUAGAGCUCCGUCCGUCAGUUGGUAACAUAACCGAAGGGCUUGGUUUGACUGUUUGGCUCAAGAAGGACGAGGAGCCCACAGAAGAAGACGAAUUCCAUUCCUUGCCGUCCAACGGGACAGAAUACCGCGGUCGAUUGACCAACCCAUAUAUGGUCUUACAUCCCAGCGACCUUAGUAACCACACCGCUGCCGGGAAGUACUGGGUUCUCUUGCAGACGAACCUUAGCAACGGUUUCGAUGGCUACUCUUCGGUGCCGAAAGUAAAUUACUCGCUGUGCGUCUAUACCUCCGAUUGUAAGUUCUGGGACGCGAAGAACAGGACUUGGGUUCGCGAAGGGUGCCGGGUCGGCCCACUCACCAACUCGACCCACACCCACUGCCUGUGUACACACUUGACUGCAUUCGCGUCUGAUUUCUUCGUCCCACCCAACAAGAUCGACUGGAGUAAGAUAACGCUGGAGAAUCUACUCAGCAACUUUACUGUCACCGCUAUCCUGUUAACUACGAUCGGACUCUACUUUCUCCUGCUUAUCCCGGCCAGACGUGCAGACAAGCGCGACCUCAAGAAGAUCGGGCUUACUCCUAUUCCCUCGAAUGACCCGCGCGACACCUACGGUUACGAAAUCGUGCUGUAUACGGGGUACCAGACCGGCCAAGGGACCACCUCUCAGGUGUCAAUCACUUUGUCCGGGUCACGUGGGGAGACUCAACCACGUGUUCUCAAGGAGACGGACCCAACGAGAAUCAAGUUCAAGCGCGGAUCUAUCGACAGCUUUCUUCUUACCGUCCCUUGCAGCUUAGGAGACAUCUAUAAACUUAAGAUCUGGCACGACCAUAGCGGUGACGAUCCUUCUUGGUUUCUUAUCCGUGUACUCGUGCGCGACCUUCAGACGGAUAAACGAAUGUGGUUCAUCUGCAACAGAUGGCUCGCGGUUGAGGAAGAAGACGGUAAAAUUGAACGCGUCCUCUUAACAGCCUCCAGGAAAGAGAUGACUGGAUUCAACAUGUUGUUCCAGGACAACGCACGAAAGAACCUCUCUGACGGUCACUUGUGGUUCUCAUGCGCUAUCCGCCCACCCACAAGUAACUUCACCCGUGUCCAGCGCAUGACAUGUUGCCUAACACUGCUGAUCAGCACAAUGCUCGCGAGUGCGAUGUUCUACCAAACAGGCCCCGCCCCUCCUAGCUCCGAAGUUGUGAUUGGUCCAUUGCGGCUGUCAGUUCGCCAGCUUGGAAUAGCCGUCAUGAGUAGCUUGGUUGUCUUACCCGUGAACUUGCUGAUUAUCCAUCUCUUUCGUAAGGCGAAGCCCAAAAAUACCGCUCUUUUAGCGAUAAAUGCUUACCGGAAUAAGCAUAGAGGUAAUGUCAUCGAAGUGGAAGAUGAUGGGGACUUGGAUAAGGAGAAAGGCAGUUACCUUGCAGAUGAAAACGUUUAUCAAGAAAUAGAUGAAGUUGCAGAGCCUGCUAUAGACAAGCCGGCGAACGAGAUUGAAAAGGAAUCAACGAAAAAGAAGAAGAAAGAGAAAAAGAACCCUUACAUCUUCCCUCACUGGGUGACUUACAUUGCUUACGUUAUAUGCGUCCUGACAGUCCUUGUGUCAUCAGUGUUUGUAAUCUUCUAUUCGUUGACGUACGGGAAGGCCAAGUCCGAGGCCUGGGUAACAGCUAUGCUAAUAUCCUUCUUUCAAGAUUUGCUCAUCUCACAGCCAAUCAAAGUGCUUGUCAUGGCCAUCAUCUUCGCAUUGAUUAUAAAGAACCCGGAUAACGAUACGGAGGAGCAGCCGCUGAACCCGGAACUCGCCGCAGACGAGGAGUGGGCUCAUCACUUCGACGACUACCAUUCUAAGUCUUGGCAUGGGGGAGACUUUGUGCCUAAACCCCCUGGCGAGGCCGAGCUUUACAUGUCUCGUCAAUACAGGCUCAAGCAGAAAGAGAUGAAGGCAAUCAUCAGAGAGAUCACCUUGUAUUUGAUCUAUCUCAUGGUGCUGACUAUUGUUGUGUACGGUAGCAAGGACUCGCAAGCGUUUCCUAUAACUAAUAGCGUCCUCAAUCGGUUUGGGAAUAGUCACUACAGCGGAGGGAACCCUCUAAAUGCUGUCACGGAGCCGAAAGACUACUGGGACUGGGUCCAGAAUUCCCUUGUCCCUACCCUAACGCCGCAGUACUGGUAUGGUCCCUAUGUGGACCACCGGGAAGAGAAGCUCUGGACCGAAGAGGUGAUUCUCAGCAAGUCUCGCAGAGGACGCGUCAAGAUGGCGACGCGUGAAGUAGGGAAGGCACCCCCGGAGAAGUACGUCAGCGAGGGCCUGAAACCUUUCCCAAAGGGUGUGACCGGUGAAAGGGGAGUCGAGUACAUUAUUGGGACAGCAAGACUGCGGCAGCUCCGGGUGGCCCAAGAUGGCUGUGUGGUCAUAAAAGGAGUGGAGCCGCACGUGUACACGUGUUCAGCCCCGUACUCCUGGGAGCAAGAAGACACAGGCGUCUAUACCGCUGGCUGGGUGCCUGUCAACUCUUCAGACGUAGAAGACGUAAAGAAAAGAGAGAAGAACUCAGCCUGGAUCUGGCGGAGCGCUCUACAACUCCAAGGGACCCCCUAUUGGGGCAAAUUCAACACCUACUGGGGAGGGGGUUACAUUGCGAACAUCGGAAAAAAUCGUCUUGCGACAGUAGAAAAUCUCCAAAACCUAGAACUAGAACUCUGGAUUGAUCGCUAUACUCGCGCCAUCUUUGCCGAAUUUGCCCUCUACAACGCCUAUUCGAAUUUCUUUGUCAUCGUCAAUUUACUGUCGGAGGUCACACCAACAGGAGGUUAUUUUCACUUCGAGAACAUCCGAACAAUGCGAAUCUAUAGGUACACCGGGCCGGACACGUAUGUUAUCAUGGCGUUUGAGCUGGUGUACAUCGUCUUCCUGAUCACAUUCACGUACAGCGAAGUAAAGCAAAUGUUUCAUCAGAAGAAGAAGUACUUAAAAGACCCUUGGAAUUACACGGAAAUCAUCGUCAUCUGCACAUCCUUCUCGGCGAUAGGGUUAUAUUUUGCAAGACUCGCCUUUGGGAAAUACACCGUCAGUCGAAUGAGAGAUAACCCUGACGACUUCAUCAGCUUCAACUACGUCCAAGUACUGGACGACAGUCAGAACGCCUGCUUGGCUUUUGCUGUGUUCUUUGCCUUCCUGAAGUCUCUGAAACUGUUGAGAUUUAAUCGCCGAAUGGGUCUACUUACGAGCACUGUGAAGGCUUGUGCUGCUCCGUUGGCAUCAUUCUUCGUGAUGUUCCUGAUUGUGUACCUGGCGUAUGUGCAGUUUGCGUUCAUCUCGUUUGGUUCCACGGACCAGAACUAUGGAUCCUUUGCUUCGUGCAUGAGCACAAUGCUAUCCAUGACUCUUGGGGGCUUUGACUUCGAGGGCUUGGAAAAUAAUAACCGUCUCCUUGGACCCAUCUUUUUCUUCAGUUACAUGGUAUUCGUGUUCACCAUCCUCGUCAACGUCUUUAUUGCUAUCAUCAAUGAGGCGCUUGAAGAAGUUUCCAGUGACGCCGAAAAGCAGGCAAAUGAUUACGAGAUCAUUGACUAUAUGAUGCACAAGUUCAAAGAGCAGAUCGGGAUUAACGUUGGCCCAGCAAUAAAGCCCUUAUACAAACCUUCCAAGACCAAGCUGGAACAGGACGUCGAGAGUAUCGAGUCGAUGGCUGAAAACAUUGAGUAUGCCAUGUGUCAUGUUAUCGUGGAAAACCAGCGGCAGAUGAACUGGCUUGCAAUUGAAACUUUGACGCCGAUGAAAAAGCUACUCCUGCGAGGGUUUUUGGAAAGCGAUGAAGACUUCAACGAAGAUGAACUCUCGGAUAUGAUUCCAUUGUUCGAGAAGUUUCUCCAGAAACAGUCUACUGGCGAGGACAUGUUGGCGACACGACCGUAUUCUACGUUGAAAGACGACAGCAGUUUAAGCGAUAUCUCCUUGACCAUAGAGGAACUAGGUGAGGGGGGAUACCAGAGUGCUCACAGAAGUAAACCGAAGUAUGAAUCCUUGAAGAGCUACUCACGAAUGAAGUGGUUCUUCAAACGAAAAGGCAAACGCAUGUCUGACUACGUGGAGGGUGGCGACCUAUCCAAGAUGUCUGACCAUGUUUCUCAGGGCUGCAACAUGUAUGAGUCCAUUGACGGGAGGAAGGGUGCUGAAAUAGGUAUUCUAUCAAGCGGGGAAAGUAGUGAAAGCUCUUCGAUGUAUAGUGGUUCUUUCCAUAACCUUUGCCCUGAUGAUAAUUGCACUUCUGCUGGGUUGCUCGACAGCGGUGACUGCAUUGAGGAACCUCAGCAGGCUUCGUCUGGGAUGUGUGAGGCUAAGGAGGAGGAGGAGGAAGAGGGACAGGAAGGGGAAGAGGAGAUCGACACAGAGAAGGACACAGAGGCAGAAUUGAAUGAUGAGACAGGUGCAAUUGGGAACACUGGCCAGCAAGAGGAAAAAGGAAGAGUUGUUGGAGAAAAAGAGACUGAGACAGAGGAGGAUGAUCAAGUGAUGGGAAUAGAGAAAGGACAUGAAGAGGCUGGAACACAUGCUGAAAAUGAAAAAGAGGUAAAAGGAGAAGAGGCAAAGAGAGAAGAGGCAAAGAGAGAAGAGGCAAAGAGAGAAGAGGCAAAGAGAGAGGAGGCAAAGAGAGAGGAGGCAAAGAGAGAGGAGGCAAAGAGAGAGGAGGCAAAGAGAGAGGAGGUUGAGACCAAGGAUGAACCGCAGGGAGAAAACAGGGAAGAAGAGACAAAAGUGUAGAUAAUGCAGAGACAAAAAACAAGGUAUAGUGAAGGGAGGAAAGAGAUUGGUAUGGAAGGAAAUGGAUAUAGAUGAAAUAGAGACUAAAACAAUGGCAAAUUAGGAUAGUGUUGCAAAAGUGCAUUUACUUCCGGUCAAUUAUGUAACAAUCUUGCAGAAUCGCGAAAAAAAUAUUUCAAAAUUGUAAAAACAGUGUGUCUAUUGGAAAGUUUCAUAGAGAAUGUGACUGAUUAUUUAGAGCGGGUGGCCUGUUAAAUAUAACAGAUUCUAAUAGAUUUUUUUGCCGGUUAAAGUUUCCGUCGGCCCGCCGGACGUAUUCUCCUGCGGUUGCCGCUAAAGGUUGAUUUAGACAGCAUGAUUUAGGGCGCGUUUUUUUACACGUGAUUUCGGAAUGAGAAUGAUUAGAAUAGAAAAAGAGCGCGCGUUCGUUUAUCUCGCGUUCCCAUUCCGAAAUGGAAUGAAGGCCGUUCCACCCAUUCUGCUAAAUGUAGCAGAAUGACUCGAAUGUUAUUCUGAACAUUCUCUACCAACCAUUCUCAUUCCAGAAUGAUAGGGAAAAAAUGCGCCCUUAGUCGUAUCCGAACUGCCUACGAAAUGUCUGAGCUUUGAACUGCACACUACGAAGUUCGUAGUCGAGCACCGUAACGGAGUCGUAGGCUGAUUUACACUCUGCGCCACGAGUUGUAGAGGGGUGGUAAGCGGGUCACAUACGACUAAAUCGCGCUGUCUAAACCAGCCUUAACAGCCUGUUGCGGUACAGUAAAACCCGCGUGUAAUAACCCAGUGAUUUAAGAACCUAUACCACAAAAUAUAAGAAUCUACUUAAGCCAAAAAAUUAUUUGAUUAUGAUUAGUAACUCCACGAAAAAUAAAAGAAAUGUUAGGGCUUAAGGGCUUUGAAAUGCUAAACAUUUCGCUCUUCCAUAAUGAUAAGAUCAUCUCUAUUUAGCAAAGUGGCUAUGUAUUCAGUCACCCUUUUGUGAUUAUAAAUCCUACUGUUUGUUAACUUGAAAAAAAAUGAGAACCUAAUAAGAAUCUAUUUUGCCUUAAUUGUUAGAAAGUACCCCAAAAUGUAGGAACCUGUUUUGCCAGACUUCAAAAAAUCUAGGUUCUUACAAGCGGGUUUUUACUGUAUACAAGAGGUUACUAGGGGAAAAAUUCUCAGGCUACAAAAAUUCUCAGGCUACAAAAAUUCUCAGGCUACAAAAAUUCUCAGGCUACGAACAUUCUCAGGCUACAAAAAUUCUCAGGCUACAAAAAUUCUCAGGCUACGAACAUUCUCAGGCUACGAACAUUCUCAGGCUACAAAAAUUCUCAGGCUACAAAAAUUCUCAGGCUACAAAAAUUCUUAGGCUACAAAAAGUCUCAGGCUACAAAAAUUCUCAGACUACAUAGGCAUCUGGAUCAGCACUUCGACCAGCCUCGAACAUUGCGAAAAAAAAUUGCCCUACCCUUCCCUUUCUCUAAAACAUGCAAUUCUUUAUAUUUGUCAUCGUUACAUUUCAAAUAGCAGGAACAUAUCAAUCAAUGGCUGUCGUUUUUCUAAAUGGCCAAAAAGAGCCUGGGGCGAGCGCGCGGGAGACCUGUGAUAUUCUAAAACGUUAGGGGCUAGGCUCCAUUUUCAAGAUGGCUGCCAGCAAAAUCGAAGUAAACACGAAUUCCUGCAAGUUUACGUUGAAACUCAAAGUUCUAGAGUCAUAAAAAAGCGAAAAAAUGGUAUGUAAUGUCUAAUAAGGGAAUGACCGAGCGAGCUAGAAAACGGCAGUUUUUAAAACAAGAUUGACUGAUAUGAAUUGCUUCGUGGUACGAGAGCGUGAAAUAAAUAGUCAUUGCCAUUAGCUUUAUAGCCUUUGUAUCUUUAACUUGUUAAUAUUUAUUAUGUUAACUUCCUAUUAAAUCACAUAAAAGAA